AUGGCGCAGAUGCACCAAGACGUCGAGUGGCUAGACAGCGAGCUGGAGGACAGUCCGCGCUCGAACGACGGCAUCGGCGGCAUGUUCAGCAGCAGCCCCAACGCCAAGGAGGCCGGUCCCGGUGUGCGCUGGUCGGAGCACAAGCAGCCGCAGAUGCAGCGCCCUGCCGCCGUGUCGUACGCUGGCUCGGAGGACGUGGAAGGCGUGGAGGGCGACAUGCGCUCCUUCUACGGCCCGCAGUUUGCUGCACAGCCAGAGACUGGCAACUACCGCCUGCCGGCCAAGUCCGUGGGUCAGCAACGCUUCCAGGACAUGCCCAUUGGACUCGUGGCCGAUCAGGGCGUGGCUGCCAAACGCGUGCUCAUCCGUCGCAUUCAUCAGGAGUCCAUGAUGCAGCUGGUCAUGGGGUGCCAGGCCAUGCUGGUGCGUGGGGCUUCGGGCAACUACUACGUGUACCACCUGGAAAUUACGAGUGACUACUACAAGCAGAAGUGGGUUGUGUGCAAGCGCUAUUCGGAGUUGUAUCGCCUACGAAAACGGGUGCUCGAACGUCUAGCAGCGCACAAGAAGCAGCAAGGGUGUUCAGUAUGUGGCGCCGUGCGCGAUCAGCUCAAGGAUGUGGGCUUUCCUCGUCGCAUAGUCAUGUUCAAAGACCCUUCAGCUCUUGUUGGCAGACGGACAGCUGGGCUUGAAGAGUUCAUCGUUGCUCUUUGUGAGUACCUCGGCGCUGAACAGCAGGCAGAAGUCUGCGGAGAGAUCCUAUCCACACGGUUUCUCGUCAAAGAGUUUCUCCAGUUUCCUCUUGAUCACGAGCGGCAGCACGUUCGAUCGAUUCGGCAGCUCAAGUACGUCGACCCGCGUGAUGUCCACGUCGACACAGACUCUUGCCCCAUUUGCCUAUGCGAAUGGACCGAACUGGAUGGCAAUCGGCUCGUGCUGUCGCCCUGUGGGCACUUUUUCCACGAGAAUUGCAUAAACGAGUGGUACCGCACUCGCUUCGACUGUCCCAUCUGCCGUACGAUUUCAGGCGAGGAAGAGGACACCAACGCGUGUGAGCACUGA